GGCAAAUCUCAUGAUGCUGGUUUGAAUAUGAAAAUUUCUUUCUUUGUAUAAAUGGUGAGUAACUAAGGGCCUCCAUUCAGAAGACCUACACUUUCAGAAUGUGGCGUCCGUUGAUCUUCCUGAUCUUGGUUGGAACAAAUGCAGUAGUUGGGAGAUUGGGAGGAUUCAGUCGAUUACCGUCAAGGAGUCGGAAUGGUGUCCAAAGUGAUAUAUCUUCAUAUGCCAAUAGAGUUUGUAGGGCUGGUGACAAGAUUCCUUUGAUUGGUGACAAAUGUAAAUAUCGUUUAUGUCAAAAUAAGGUCUAUAAAACAUUUCCCUGUCCGGAAGGAACGUCAUUCAAGGCAAGCUUCAGGUCCUGUGUUGCCGAUGGAGGGUGUCUCAAGUCAUAUGAAGAUAAAGGAGUUGCUGACUGGAACACAACGGCUUGUGGUAUUGAUUUGGUCUUCGUUGUGGAUAUGUCAUAUUCCAUCAGUCCAGAUAACAAAAUUAAGAUGAAAAAAGUCAUUCAGCAACUUUUGGCUCAGAUUCGAAUAGGACCUGAAUUUACUAUGGUGGCGGGGUUGACGUAUGGAGCUGAGACUAAACCCUUUCUUUAUAUUUCAUCAUUCAAUGACAAGAAAAAUAUAAGGGAAGCGACAGAUAAGAUGGUAAUGAAUCCAAGGAAAGGAACAGCCACUCAUUUAGCUUUAAGGGAGACCAGAGAGGCCAUGUUGAGAACUAAAAAUGGACGAAGACAAAAUCAUAAAGCUGUUGUAAUUGUCAUGACUGAUGGCUGUACCAACCCACCUGAGAAGUCAGAUGAAACUAUCGCUGAAGCCCAGAGAUUAAAAGACCCGGAGAGUUACGAAGCUGGAGUUUCUUCUCCCGAAGUAUUUUUAAUGACAUUUCCUAAUGAAAAAUUAGAUAACGUUAAAGAUUUGGCACCAGAAGAGAGGGAAAAGCUUGAGGGGAUAAAGAAAAGGGAAUUUGAAGCAAUACCAUCGAAAGCGGAGAACCGAUUUGAUGCCACAUUCGAUAACAUGAAGGACAAAUUAAAUCUUAUUCUCCGAACAUCAUGCAAAGAAAUAAAAACGCCAGGGCAAUAAUUUAACUAAUCUGUAUGGACGCAUCGAUUCAGUAACAAUAUAAUGCAACAAUUCUAUCGUGUGUUGACAAGUAACAAUAUAACGCAACAAUUCUAUCAUGUGUUGACUAGUAACAAUAUAACGCAACAAUUCUAUCAUGUGUUGACUAGUAACAAUAAAAUGCAACAAUUCUAUCAUGUAUUGACUAGUUACAAUAAAAUGCAACAAUUCUAUCAUGUGUUGACUAGUUACAAUAAAAUGCAACAAUUCUAUCAUGUAUUGACUAGUUACAAUA